AUGGAUUAUCAACAAUCUGAACCCAUCGCCAUUGUUGGCAGCGGUUGCCGUUUCCCCGGUGCUGCCAAUUCUCCUACUGCUCUCUGGCAGCUGCUGAAAAGUCCACGUGAUAUCUUGAAAGAGAUACCUAAAGAACGUUUUGAUGUGCGAGGCUGGUACCACAAAGACGGGGACCACCAUGGCACGUCUAACGUUCUACACUCCUACACCUUGGAGGAGAAUCUUACCAAGUUUGAUGCCAACUUCUUUGGCAUUAGUGCAAGUGAGGCCGAGUGUAUGGAUCCUCAGCAGCGCCUCUUGCUGGAAACUGUCUACGAGGCCCUCGAAGCUGGCGGCCACACCAUCCAGUCUUUACGUGGCUCUGACACUGCCGUUUAUGUUGGUGUUAUGGGAGGGGACCAUGAAACAAGCCUUCUCAGAGAUGCCAACAGCCUACCAACAUACUUUGCGACUGGCACAUCGCGCGCCAUUCUUUCAAACCGAAUCUCUUACUUUUUCGAUUGGCGUGGACCGUCUAUGACCAUCGACACAGCAUGCUCUUCGAGUAUGGUCGCUGUGCAUAAUGCUGUUCAAGCACUACGGUCUAAUGACUCGAGAGUUGCCAUUGCAUGUGGCAGUACUUUGCUUCUAGGCCCUGAAAUGUAUGUGGCCGAGAGUAACAUGCACAUGCUGUCGCCCACAGGCAGAUCCCGCAUGUGGGAUGCUGAUGCUGAUGGCUAUGCUCGCGGCGACGGUAUCGCCACUGUUGUUCUCAAGAAGCUCAGCGACGCUAUUGCUGAUGGCGAUCACAUCGAAUGUAUCAUCCGUGAGACUGGCAUCAACCAAGAUGGCCGUACUCAGGGAAUCACUGUACCAAGCUCCGAGGCUCAAGCUGCACUUAUCCGCCGCACCUAUGCCCGAGCUGGUCUUGACCUUACAAAUCCCGCCGACAGACCUCAAUUCUUCGAAGCGCAUGGAACCGGCACCAAGGUAGGCGACCCCAAGGAAGCAGCUGCAAUCUACUCUACCUUUGGAGGACUUAAUAGUCAACCUCUGUAUGUUGGGUCGAUCAAGACCGUCAUUGGUCACACGGAGGGUGCUGCUGGAAUAGCCAGUCUCCUCAAAGCCUCGCUAUCCCUUCAAGCUGGCAUCAUCCCCCCAAAUCGCCUGUUCAAUCGUCUCAAUCCAAGCAUCGAACCUUUCAUUCAAGGCCUGCAGGUGCCAACUCAGGCAAAGCCAUGGCCUGCCCUGCCUAAAGAUGCUGUGCGAAGGGCAAGUGUGAACAGUUUUGGUUUCGGUGGCGCCAAUUCUCACGCCAUCUUGGAGAGCUACCAAGCACAGAUUGACAACGCAAGCAGCGCCCUGGUUGUACCGGCUACUCCUUUUGUUUUCUCCGCAGCGUCAAACACUUCGCUCCUUUCCAGUCUUCAGGCACACUUGGACUAUCUAAAGACCAAUCCAGUAGUCAACAUGCGGGACCUUGCUUGGACGCUCCAGCAGCGCCGUUCUACUUUCUCGCAUAAAAUCGCAUUCUCGGCUCCUGACGCGGAAGGCUUGAUCCAAAAAAUCGAGCUUAGACUCAAAGAGUACGAGGAGAAGUCAGACGCAAACAUUGGCGUCCGAUCGAGCUCAACCCUUCCAAAGAUCCUUGCUGUUUUCACUGGUCAGGGUGCGCAAUGGCCAGCAAUGGGUGCUGAACUAAUACGUUCCUCUGAAUUUGUUCGCCGCCGAUUUCAGGAGCUUGAUGUUGCCCUUGCAACUUUGCCAGCUGCAGACCGACCGACCUGGAAAAUUGCUGAUCAAUUACUCCUUAAUGCAAAGUCGUCUCGUAUCACCGAAGCCGCUUUCUCACAGCCGCUGUGUACAGCAGUCCAAGUUGUGCUCGUCGACCUCUUGCGCAGCGCCGGUGUUAUGCCAAGUUCUGUGGUGGGUCACUCUUCUGGUGAGAUUGGUGCUGCAUAUGCUGCAAAUUUCAUCAAUGCUCGGGAUGCUAUUCGAAUUGCCUACUACCGUGGCUUGUACGCAAAGCUUGCAGGCGGGCCGACUGGACAGAAAGGUGCUAUGCUUGCUGUUGGAACAUCUCUCGAAGAUGCCAGCGAAGUGAUUGAGCUUGACGCUUUUGCUGGACGUGUGGCGGUCGCUGCACAUAACUCGCCAGCAAGCGUUACCUUGUCGGGCGACGCAGAUGCUAUCGAUGAGAUCAAGGCUGUCUUCGAAGAGGAAAAGAAGUUCGCACGUCUACUUAAGGUUGAUACCGCUUACCACUCACACCAUAUGCUGGCUUGCGGCGAGGCUUACGUCAAUGCUUUGCGUGUGUGCAAAGUUGAAGUUAACCGAAACCGCGAUACCUCUGUGACCUGGUACUCCAGUGUGAUGGGUGGUGAGGUCAUGGAGCCGACUGCCCUACUCCAAGAUCUAUACUGGCGUGACAACAUGGUACACAGGGUCUCCUUCUCUGAAGCUGUUACGGCUGCAGCUCAAGCUGAGAAGCCUACUCUUGCCAUCGAGAUUGGGCCUCACGCUGCUCUCAAGGGCCCAGCACAGCAGAAUAUUGCCGAAACUGGCCUCGACCUUCCCUACACCGGCGUUAUGUCCAGAGGUCUUAACGACGUUGAAGCAUUAGCCGACGGUCUAGGCUAUAUCUGGACCCAAUUCGGCCCUGAGGCUGUUGACUUCGCUGCCUUUGAGCGACUUUUCCUUGACGCUCCGCAGGCCAGGCUCGCCACUGGCUUGCCUUCCUACCACUGGGACCAAAAGACCCACUGGCAAGAGUCUCGCAUCGCGCGUAAGAUGAGAACUCGAUCGGACCCAUUCCACGAACUUCUUGGUGUACCACAUGCGGACAAUACUGAGCUUGAACGUCGCUGGUCGAAUGUGCUCAAGAUUUCAGAGGUACCUUGGCUGACGGGCCACAAAUUGCAGGGUGAGCCCGUCUUCCCAGCAGCUGGCUACGCCAGUAUGGCCUUUGAGGCAGCCAAGUCUAUCAUUGGAAACAGGCCUGUCAAAUUGAUCGAAUUACGAGAUCUGGUCAUCGGAAAAGCCAUCACCUUUGGAGGCGAAUCCGAUCCUGCUGCUGAGACUCUGGUAACUCUAACGGAUAUCACUUCAAGCAAAUCCAAUCCGAAAACUCGGGGAGCGAAAUUCUCCGUUUACUCCGCUGCUAUCAAGUCGGCGCGAGACCUGGAAGUCAAUGCCAGCGGUACAAUAAACAUAAUCUUCGGCGAGCCUUCGAUGUCGGUCCUGCCACCAAUUCAAGUGGAUGACUCGAAUAUGACCGAGACCGACUCGGACAGGUUUUAUACCUCCCUCUCAACCAUUGGGUACGAAUACUCUGACAAUUUCCGCACCAUGGCAAACUUGAAGCGCAAGCUCAAUCAGGCUACUGCUCUUAUAUCUAGCUUCGAAUACGGUGAUGAAACUGAGAAUUUGAUGGUUCACCCUGCGCUACUUGACGUAGCUUUCCAGAGUGCUAUCCUGGCAUACUCUGCGCCUGACGAUGGACGUUUGUGGUCUUUACACGUACCAACCUUCUUCGAGUGUAUCCGCGUCAAUCCAGAACUCUGUGCUACGCUACCUAUGCACUCAGUCCAGCUUCCGGUGCGAGCUCAACUCUUUGCCCCUGAAGCGAACGCUGUGGACUCGAUUCGUGGCAAUGUAGACAUACUCAGCGCCGACGAGCAACACGCUAUGGUCCAGGUUCAAGGCGCUGCUGUUGUGCCCGUCUCGAUGGCCACUGUUUCCGACGAUCGCACUGUCUUCUCAUACAACAAGCUCGGCGUUGCAGCCCCAGAUGGAGAACUGGCUCUUGGCGAACUGAGACCAUCAGCGAAAGACAUGGAGCUUGGAACCUUUCGUGAAAGACUUGCCUUCUUUUACUACAAAAAGUGGAUCCGCGAACUUACUGAGGCAGACUGGACGAAGUCUGAGUGGCAUUUUCAACGCCUGCGGGACUCGAUCAAUUGGACCUUGUCUCUCGUUGACGCCGGAAAGCAUCCCUAUAUCCAGUCAGAGUGGCGUAAUGACACCCAGACCCAGAUCGAUGCUCUCUUCAAAGCGCAUGCUGACUCCGUGGAUUGUCGCUUGGUCAGAACCGUGGGCGAGACUCUUCCAUCUGCCGUUCGACGUCAGUCAACCAUGAUUGAACAUAUGAUGAAGGACGGCUUGCUGGACGAGUUUUACAAAUAUGGCCUUGGCUUUCAAGUUUACAACGAGUCCUUGGGCAGAAUGGUCUCCCAGUUUACGCACGUCUAUCCAAGGGCCAAGAUCUUUGAGGUAGGUGCUGGCACAGGUGGCGCGACCAAAUUCGUUCUCGAGACCAUCGGUAGCACCUUUUCCUCCUACACGUACACCGACAUCUCCACUGGCUACUUUGAGAAGGCCGCUGAGGCGUUCAGCGAAUGGAAAGAUAAACUGAUCUUCAAGAGCUUUGAUACAGAGAGAACACCUGAGUCUCAGGACUUCCAGGAAGGCACAUAUGAUCUCAUCAUUGCUUCCAACGUCCUCCACGCUACCGAAUCGAUGGGGAAAACACUCAAGAACGUUCGCCGUCUUCUCAAGCCUGGCGGAUAUUUGAUGUUGCUUGAAAUCACCAACAACAAGCUUGCUGCGUUCACUUCAAUGUUCGGCGGUAUUUCAGGUUGGUGGGCUGGCUGCGAAGAUGGGCGUCCUUAUGCUCCUACCAUGCCUCUUGAGGCUUGGAAUACUGUCCUUCGCCAAUCCGGCUUCGGCGGAGUUGAUUCAACCACCCCCAAUCGUGAAGGACUGGCCUGGCCAUUCUCGGUCAUCUCAGCACAAGCCGUGGACAAUCGUGUCAGUCAUCUGAGGAAGCCUCUCUAUCGUUCAUCCAACGCCGCACAAAUCUCCCAUCUCACGAUCAUCGGUGGCAAAACAUUGGAAGUGUCUAAGAUCGCCGAGGACAUCGCCGACAUUGCCGGACUGAGCUGUCAAUCAGUUGAGUCCUUCACAGACCUGAUCAGCGCUCAAAGCUCUGUUGUUCCCGGACAAACUGUCAUCUGUCUCUCGGAUCUCGAAGACCCAAUGUUCAAGGAUUUGGAACCUGAGAAGAUGGAGGCUCUCAAGAUCGUACUGGAGCAUUCUCAAACAUUGCUCUGGGUUGGUCACGAUUCUCUCCACCAUCCUUACCAGCAGGCCAUGGUUGGUUUUCUAAGGUGUAUCAUCCAUGAGAUGCCUCACCUCUCGGUACAGCAUCUUGAUGUUGCUUCUGGCCUGGAUGGAGUCUCUACAGUGAUCAUGGAGGCGACCCUGCGUCUGCAUACCGUGAGCCAGUGGGAAUCUUCCGAUACCCUUAACCAACAGUUGUUGUACACUAAGGAGACCGAGCUCAUGUUCCAGCAUGGAAGCCUCUACGUACCACGCAUGCUCCCUGACCCUACGAGGAAUGAUCGCAUUAACUCUCAAAGACGCUCAGUCGCCAAACACGCCAACCUGAAGUCAGAUGUGAUCUCUAUCAAUGAAACAGGCUCCGGUUUGCCGGUCUUGAAUGAUGUUCCAUUCUUCAGCAAGGUUAAUGAAGGUAAAUCCGCCAUGAAGCCGUGCGUUUCGACUCUGUCGGCACUGGGUAUUACUGCCGGACUCUAUUUGUUCGUCAGUGUUGGGCUUGAAAUUUCGACAUCAAAGGCCGUCAUCGCCCUUUCUUCCUCAAACUCGAAUAAAUCCUACCCAAUGGUCAGCAUUCCUACAGAAACACGGGAAGACCCAGCUGUUCUUCUAUCUGUCAUUGCAGCGGAACUUCUGGCAGCCCGUAUGCUCUCUACAGUUGUUGUAGGGGCCAAAGUCCUUGUUCACGAACCUGGUACUGGUUCCCUCGGAUCUUCUCUUUCACAAGCUCUCAAGAAACAAGCAAUCGCCAGAGACUUCGAAGUCAUUUUCAGUACCUCUAGGGCGGACGAAGACCCCUCUUGGCUCACACUUAGCCCUUGGAUGCACGAUCACAACAUCAAGCGCCUUUUGCCAACUGGGGUCACUCACUUUUUGGAUCUGGCAACUGACGAUGAGUCUAAGGAAGUAUCUGCUCUUAUCCAGCAAGCCCUGCCAGGUGUUCAGUACACUGGCUCGAAAGACCUUUGGCGUGGGACAAGCUCGGGUUCUUUUCAAGAACAGGAGAAGCUCAUCUCCCUUCUGAAGAAUGCUGCUACAGCCGCGGGACAGUACGUGGCUGGCCAUACACCAACAGAACUUUCCCUCAGCCAGGUUGCUGAUGUUAAGACACCUUUGCAUCCUGCCACUCUUAUCGAUUGGACUGCCGAAGAUACCGCUCCUGUCAUUGUCGACACCAUUGAUGCGACACCCCUAUUCUCCGCUAACAAGUCCUAUCUCAUGGUCGGCCUGACUGGUCAAAUUGGCCAGUCGCUGUGUGAAUGGAUGGUCCGGAACGGUGCGCGAAACAUUAUGUUGACCAGCCGUUAUCCUAGUGUAGACCAAAAGUGGCUUGAUUCUUUCAAGGUUUAUGGUGCGAAAGUCGCAGUCUACGCUAUGGAUGUAACAUGCAAAGCCAAUGUUAUUCAGGUCGUCAACGACAUUCAGGCAUCCUUCCCGCCGAUUAUGGGCGUCGCGAAUGCUGCGAUGGUUUUGAAAGACACUUUGUUCUCGCAGAUGUCAUACGAGCAAAUGACCGACGUUCUGAGACCAAAGAUCGAUGGCACUAAUUGGCUUGAUGAGAUCUUUUACGACACUCCACUCGACUUUUUCGUAUGCUUUUCUUCGACUUCCUCUGUCGGUGGUGUUUUCGGUCAAAGCAACUAUGCAGCUGCCUGUUCCUAUAUGACUAGUCUGGUCCGACAAAGGCGAGCUCGCGGCUUGGCUGGGAGUGCCUUUGAUAUUGGCAGAGUUGCUGGUAUUGGCUACAUUGAGCGUGCUUCUCAAGUCGUCCAAGAAACGUUUGAAAAGUACUCAUACAUGCCGCUUUCGGAAACAGACUUGCACCAGAUGUUUGCCGAGACAAUAUUCGCUGGUAUUCCAGAGAUGAACCUCGACCCAGUCAUAAGUACCGGUAUUGAGCGAGUUCCUGCGGAUCGCAAGCACCUUCCCCCUUGGAUCCUGUACCCACGGUUGUCCCACUAUCUCAUUGACACGCAGGCGACGAACACCAUUUCGGAUUCCAAACAAACAGUUCAACCAGUCCGAGAACAACUGAUUGAAGCCACAACAGCGGAACAAGUUCUCUCGAUCAUCAAGACCUGCUUCGCGGCCAAGUUACAGAUCAUUCUGCAGCUGACAGGCGAGGAAAUGGAUAUGAAUGUCCCGCUUGUGGAAAUCGGAAUCGACUCUCUCGUAGCUGUUGAAGUUCGUUCCUGGUUCUUGAAAGAGCUGCAAACGGAUAUGCCUGUUCUGAAAAUUCUUGGUGGUGGAUCUGUCUCUGACCUUUCGGAGCAAGCUUCUAAGAAGUUACCUGCGGAGCUCGUUCCCCUGCUCGGCAACACAGCAGCUCCAUCAAUUUCGAAGGCCGAGAAAGAAAAGCCUGCACAACGCCCGCUCAUUCAACAAGAGGUCUCGUUCGUUGCUACCAACGCAAGCAAAACGGAUAGGAACGCAUCUUUGGAGCGCCCUGCCCUCCGGCACGCUCUUUCUUUCGCUGGCACCGCCGGCAGUACCACGGAAACGCACUCGAGGGAAGAAUCUAUUGCGACGCCGCCAUCGAGUCUCGGCGGAAAGUCGUCAUUCUCAGACCUGGGAGCAGACCUGGUAGCAAUUGCAGAAAGCAAGGAGCUUAGUGAGUUCAAAGUCUUGAGAACAGAACCGAUGUCUCUGUCACAGUCACGCUUCUGGCUUCUCGAUCUCUUCCUCGAGGACCGUACGGCUUCUAACGUCGCCUUCCAGUACCAAUUGAAUGGAAACCUUAAGGUUGAUAAGCUUGCACAAGCGCUCGAGCUCGUCGCCAUGAGACACGAGUCUCUCAGAACCUUUUUCGUCAAUGACGAUUCUCAGCGCGACAUGGCAGUCCAGAGCGUUUCCGAUACGAAUCACGUCAAGCUAGAGCACCGAACAAUCAAUCAUGUCGAUGAAGCAGCUCAAGAAUACGAGAUCCAUAAGAGACACGACUUCGAUUUGGCUAAACCUCAGCUCCUCCGCAUGACCCUUCUUACCCUCAAUACCACGAUGCACUACCUUCUUGUCGCUUACCAUCAUAUCAUCAUGGACGGUAUCAGCUUGCAGGUGCUGCUUUCUGAUCUGGAAAAAGCAUACAAUGGCACGCCAAUGGGUCCUUCACCAUUGCAAUUUCCCACCUUCUCAGUGAACCAACGCAAGGCGCUCCGAACCGGGGAAAUGGAUUCUGAGCUUGAAUACUGGAAGAGUGUCUUUCAUGACUCGCCAGCUGUGCUUCCACUCCUUCCAAUGGCCAUAAGCAGUUCGCGUGUACCCAUCUCUGCUUUCAAGAGCAACGAAGUCUCGAGGCGAGUCGACCCAGCCCUUGGACAGAAGGUCAAGGCUGUUGCUAAAAUGACCCGUUCGACAAACUUCCACGUCUAUCUCACCGUCUUCCGCAUCCUCCUUGCCCGAUUGGCUGACGUUUCUGACCUCACGAUUGGUAUCGCUGAUGCCAACAGAACCGACGACGACAUCACUAAAACAAUUGGUCUCUUCCUCAAUCUUCUGCCUCUGCGAUUCAAGCCUGACGAGGCAAAGACCUUUGCUGCCUCGGUCACAGAAACCAGGAAUCAAGCAUACGCUGCACUGGGCAAUUCCAAACUGCCCUUCGAUAUGAUGCUCCAGGAGUUCCAUCACGUCGAGCGUUCGUCAACUCAUGCUCCGUUCUUCCAAGCUUUCUUUGAUUACAAAGUUGGCGUCAAGCAAAUAUCAAGGUUUGGCAACUGCCAGAUGGAUAUGCAGCAGAACAACACCGGAGAGACAAAUUACGAUAUCAACAUCACCGUCAUUGAAGACGAUCAAGGUCCAGGUAUCAUAUUUGAGACACAGGCGACGAUCUAUGAUCGCCAUGCCACAACCCUGCUGCUCGAGACGUAUAUCAACCUGCUGGACGCCUUCGUCAAUACACCAACCAUGAAGACAGGCGAGCCUUCGCUAUACAGUCAAGCACAAAUCCAGCGAGCACUCGACAUGGGCAAAGGACCUGACUUGCUGUCCCAAUGGCCUGCCACUCUUUCGGGGCGUGUUGAACAAGUCGCAGGACAAAACAAAGACGCAGUGGCUGUGAGAGACGGCAAUGGUACUUCAAUCUCCUACGGAACACUUAUGAGUCGAAGCCAAGCCAUUGCAGCCACCUUGCAAAAAGCCGGCGUGGAUCCAGGAUCCAAGGUUAUCGUCUUCCAACAACCAUCGGUCGAUUGGAUUGUCUCGCUUCUGGCUAUCUGGAGAAUUGGCUGUGUCUAUGUUCCCAUAGACGUCGCAAACCCACUUACUCGCCUAGCGGCGAUCGUAGAAACUUGCCAGCCAAGGGUGAUUUUGACUGAUGCCACCACCAGCCCCAAAGCAAACAGCUUGAAUGCGGGUAGUGCACUUACACUCAAUGUCAGCAAUGUUCCCGCCUAUGCGUCUGCAAUUGUUCCAGAUUUGUCUCGCCCAGAGCAAGCCGCGGUCAUCAUCUACACCAGCGGUUCGACUGGAACGCCCAAGGGUAUCACAGUCAAGCAUGAGGGUCUACGAAACUACAUUGAAGGUUCCAUCAGAAUGUACGGCAUGGAAACCCCACAAACCACGCUGCAGCAGAGCACGCUGAGCUUUGACAUUUCACUGGAGCAGAUUUUCACUGGUCUUGCAACUGGCGGAUCUGUCUUCAUGUGCCCCCUGAACCAGAGGGGCGAUCCACUAGAGAUCACUAAGGUGAUGCGAGAUGAGAAUAUCACUUACUCACAGGCAACACCGUCCGAAUAUCUCAUGUGGCUUCAGUACGGGAUGAGCACGCUCCGACAAUGUUCCAACUGGAAGUACGCCAUUGCUGGUGGUGAAAGACUCACAAACACCGUCGCAAAGCAGUUUGCGGCCUUGAAUCUGUCCCAUGUGCGUCUAAUCAACAGCUAUGGCCCUGCAGAGAUUUCUUGUGGAUCAAGCUUCUAUGAGAUCGACUACCGUCAUGGAGAGCAAGGUGAUAUUCCGAUCGGCUCCCAGUACCCCAACUAUACAGCUUAUGUCGUCGACAAAGAUCUCAAGCCCUUGCCAAUUGGCAUAGCAGGUGAAAUCGUCAUUGGCGGAGCGGGCGUUGCUGCCGGCUAUGCUAACAACGCUGCUUUGACUUCCACUCAAUUCUUGCCCAACCCCUUCGCAUCUGCGGCCUAUAUGGCAAACGGAUGGACAAAAAUGUACCGCACUGGUGACUACGGGCACUUUCGUGAGGAUGGAUCACUGGUCUUCCGACACCGUAUCUCCUCCGACCUUCAGGUAAAGAUCCGUGGUCUCCGAAUUGAGCUUGGAGACAUCGAAAGCAACAUUGUGCGCGCGGGCAACGGUGCCAUUGUGGAAGCCGUCGUCACUGUUCACGGUGAGGACUGUGACUUCUUGGUGGCCCACGUCGUCUUCGACACCAAACGCGACAUUGCUGAUAAGGACGCUUUUCUCCAGAAUGUUCUUCAGGACUUACCGGUUCCACGAUAUAUGGUUCCCGCUAUGGCCAUUCCUAUUGACCACCUGCCAUUGAACAACCAUUCCAAAGUUGACAGGAAGGCCGUCAAAGCGCUUCCACUCCCAGAGCACAUUGCAACUUCAACCCUCAGCGGCGAACUUACCAAUACUGAGACUCAGCUAUUCCGCUUGUGGCAAGAUGUACUGUCUACGCACGUAACCAACAUCUCCAUCACGCCUGCUACCACGUUCUUCUCGGUUGGUGGUAACUCCCUCCUAAUCGUGCGCCUACAAAGUCGCAUCCGCGAAGAGCUCGGUGUCGUCGUGUCUGUCUUCGAGCUCAUGAAUAGCAGCACCCUUGGUGAGAUGGCCUGCAAGAUCGAAGAGAGCGUCGGUGUCGAAACCAUUAAUUGGGAACGCGAGACGGCUUUGCCCUUUAUAGCACCAACUCCUGUUGAACACUACACCGCACCCCGAAAACAACCCAAGGUCGUCGUGCUCACCGGUGCCACCGGGUUCCUCGGUCGUCACCUUCUGGAGCGGUUUGCAAAUGACCCUAAUAUCACCGAUAUUCACUGUGUGGCUGUCCGUGACAAGCCCGUGGUGCCUUCGCCCAAGAUCUCAGUCCACCAUGGCGACCUGUCCGACCCAAUGCUCGGUCUCAGCCAGCCCGAGUUUGAGGAACUCUCACUUACAGCUGAUGUAAUCAUCCAUCUCGGCGCCGUCCGCUCAUUCUGGGACAACUACCACGCCCUCCGCCAGACGAACGUGCAGCCAAUCAGAGAACUCGUCAAGCUGGCAGCAAGCCGCCGUGUUCCCAUCCACUUCAUUUCAUCCUCUGGCGUCUUGCCCACGACCGCCUACUCCCCAGUCGGAGACUCGGUUGCUCAAAACCAACCCGCAACUGACGGAAGCAACGGGUAUGUCGCCAGCAAAUGGGUGGGCGAGCGCAUUCUCGAGCAGGCAAAUGCCCAUCUCAAGAUCCCCGUGUCCAUCCACCGCUUCGUUCCCGGCCCGGAGCCUCCGCGUGAUGCAGUGACGCCAGCGAUGCAGUGGCUAGCUCAGCACAGCGAGAUGCACAAGAUUAAGCCAGAUAUCUCGGGCUGGAGAGGUCACAUUGACUUACUGAAGAUGGACGAGGCAACUGAGGUACUCUGCGAGUCGCUUGUUGGUAACUCGCCGAGCGCGCGGUUCUUACACCACGAGAGCCACGUUCGUCUGAGGGAACCUGACAUGGAAGCCUUUGUUGGAGUGAGGAAGGGGAGAGCUGACCUCGAGGAGAUGGAGCUCCUCGAUUGGUUUGGCAGGAUCAAGGACGAUGGAUUCGAGUACUUUUUGUCGUCCCACACGGCGAGCUUCCAGGCUGGCGAUCAGAACGGAGGUGAUGUCUUGACGAUGAGAAGAUAG